GUACUGUUUAACAUUGGAUUACGUGAGACGCACGGCACUUCUGUCAGUGAACAGGUGCGAGCUUAUAGAGCGGAAGCACCGACUGUCCUACAGCCGGCCGCGCAUGCCAGACAACUAACUGACCGCAUUGUUUCGUGUAUUAGUUUAUCCCUUGUUUUCAUAAGGUAGAAACAUUUCUGUGAAGAAUAUGGCCCUCCAGGAAAUAACCGAAAAAUUCGGAGGGAUAUGGAAAAUGGAAUCGGAGGAAAAUAUUGCUAAAUAUCUAGAAGCGAUGGGAGUUGGGUUUCUAAUGAAGAAAAUGGCCUCCGCGAUGAAACCCACUAUGGUUAUAGAAGUUCAAGGAGAGGAGAUAGUCGUUACGAGGAAAACCCCGAUCAAGGACCUUCAUUCCCGACACAAACUUGGAGAGGAAACAGACAUAGUCGAACACGACCGGAAGUAUAAGUCCACCAUGACGUUCAGUGAUGGCAAGAUUCAAAUAAAUAACGUGCCUGCGGACGAUAAGGGAAAACCGAACACACUCACACGGGAAGUAGAGGGCGACAAACUAAUUCAGACGUACACAGUGGACGAUAUUGUCGCCACAGUGUCUUUCCGGAAAAAUUGAUUCCAACCAUCACCAAGUGCCAUUCUUCAAUCUACAUCACGCGAAUCGCUUCCACGUGGCGAAACAGUUAAUGGUGCCUUAAAAGCACGAACAUUUUUAAUGCCACAAUUUUGUUGCAGAUGUAUUUGUGUUGUUACUUAUUUUACAUGCGCCCAUAUAUCUGACUCUAAAUAAGAUUCUAUGAACAGAGGGCGGCCAUGUCGAAAUCAUCAGAAUUGAAUAUUUCUGAUGCUUCGAUCCGUUCACCAUUUUCUGCUUCUACAGACAGUAUUGUCGUCGUGUUGAAUGUUGAUACUUAUUUUACUGUAUUUUAUGUUUUUAUCUAUAUUGCUCAUUUUGUAUUGAUUAUUUUUACUUUUGUUGAAAAAUUUACAGUUCGUCUACAUAAAACUUAUUUAAUCUUUA